ACAGCCCCAUAUCUAAAUUUUGUUCCGUCUGUUUGUUUACUAGUGGGAAGAUUUGUUUCGUUAAUAUACAUUCCACAAACUCUCUUUGAGACAAAUUUCUUUGUAAAAAAAUAAUUAUUUAAAUCUUUGGGCAUAUUAUAUUUAUAAAAUAUUUAUUCCCUUACAUUUUGUUAUUAAAAAUAUUAAUAUGGCUGUUAGUGUUUAUAUUGUUAGUAAAGCUGGUGGUAUGAUUUACCAAUAUGAUCAUAAUGUGGUCCCAAUUGAAUAUGAAAGGACUUUUACUUAUCCUUUAGAUUUGACGUUAGAUUAUGUGAACAGUCGAGUAACUGUUACUUUUGGUGAAAUUGACACUAUUAAAGUGGGACACAUUGUAUUAGCUGUGAAUGGAAAUCCUAUAAUGGGUCGUAAAAUGAGCGAUGGAAGUGAUGUAUUUGAAGUUAUUAAAAAUAAAGAAAAUUUUCCUAUCAGCAUUAAAUUUGGACGGCCAAGACUUGGAACAAAUGAAAAAAUUGUUUUGGCCAGUACUUUCCAUUCAUUAUUUGCUAUUGCUUCUCAAUUAUCUCCAGAGCCACAUUGCUCAGGAAUUGAAGUGUUAGAAGCUGAUACAUUUAAAUUAUAUUGUUAUCAAACUAUUACAGGAACUAAAUUUAUUGUUGUUGCUGAUCCAAAACAGGGUGGUGUAGAAACAUUCUUGAAAAAAAUAUACGAGUUGUAUGCAGAUUACGCUCUGAAAAAUCCCUUCUACUCUUUAGAAAUGCCUAUUAGGUGUGAAUAUUUUGAUACCAAUCUUCAAGCUGCUCUGGAGCAAAUUGAUAAAACUGGUAUGACUAAUGUAUAAAUAGGAAAGAAAUUUGAAUUUUGUAAUGUAUAUAGCACAUAUUGUAUAUUUGGAAAAUUAUUUAUGCAGUUCAACAUUGUUUCAAAAUAAAUCUUUUCUUAAACAUC